UGAAUCCUCCCGAGGGACAUGGACGCCAUGGAGAACCCAGUCCUGGAGCCCAGGGCCGAGCGGAUCGCUCGCUAUAAAGCUGAGAGGAGGCGAGAACUGGCCGAACGCUUUGGCAACAUGGAGGAGCUGCCCUCCAACUGCGUGAGGAGGGAUGGUAGAGAGGGGCCCGACCCAGCGACCGAAGCCCACAGAGGGACUUUGAACUCAGAUGGCCGCAGUGAAAGUGUGAACGGCGGGACGCGAGGGGUUACAAAUGGAUUAGAGGAUCCUGCAGAGUCCAACCCCUUGAGAAGGCAGGGUUCCCCGGACUCUGCCAGCAUGCUGAGUGGGGAGGGGCACCUCGUCCCUCUUGGACUCGAUGCCCCGCAGCUCCACACUCGAGUGUCGGUGGGCCAGUUGAGAAGUGCUCUUCUGCAGCAGAGCGGCAGCGGAGGGCAGUCCGACAAAGUUUGCCCUGACGCUGGGCGAGCCACGUCCUCUCUGGAUCUGGCUGUGAAGCCGGGCUCUGAGGGGGGGCGGCGACGCUCCCGGCGUUACCUCCCCGGCGGGUCAGGUGGUGGUGGUCGCAAGAUGAGCGAACGCUUCAAGACGCAGCCGAUCACAGCCAAUGAGAUGGAGGAGAGCAGCGGGCUGUUGGACGCGGAGGAAGGGGAGAACUGUAAAGCUGAUGUGAAAACAGACGACAGAGCCAAAAUGAGUGUGGCAGCCAAGAUGUCGUUGUUUAAAGAGCUGGAGAAGUCUGCUGCGCCCGAGGCCUCGGCCUUCCUCAAGCCUCGCUCGGGCAGCCUCUGUCAUGAACGCAAGGUGCGCCGUGGCAACGACCAACGGUUUCUAACUCAGCCAAUCACCUGUGAGGAAAUCGUGGCAAUCAGGACCCCCAAACCAGCACCACCAGUGGAGUCCCAGUCUGUGAGUCAGGCUGAGUCAGUGGAGGAUGUCGACGAGAGCAGCAAGCUGACCAUGAGCGAGAAGCUGGCCCUGUUCAACAAACUCUCCCUGCAGAGGGACUGCCCUGCUGACGGGCCCCCAGAGAGACGAAGGCAGAAGGGGGCUCGGUACCGAACGCAGCCCAUUACUGUGGAGGAGGUCAGCCUGCUCCAAAAAGGCCCUGUGCAGCUUCCCGGCUUCUGUUUGUCCUCUCAUCUGUCGGACAGACAGCAGGCCUCGUCUGUCAACCUCAAACCCAGUGAGAUCCGCUUUUCCCAACCGAGAACCGACACUGGUCCUGAGCCCGGUGGCUCUACCCAGCAGAGCCUCGAGCACCACGACUCUGAGCCAGUCUUGAGAGGAAUCCUGAAGAAGAGCUGCUCCGGAGUCUCACAGUGGAGCAGGAAGGAGAACGGCCAGACGGACGCACCUUCCGGCCACGAACAGAAUGGUGGCGGCUGUGAAGAAGCGGCGAUGCAAUUGAGGAGGGGGAGCGCAGAGCUGCAGGAAAUGUCUGCUGCAGCACCACGGAGAGAGAGAGUACAGGCUCCAGGUGGGGAGGGAGGCUCACUGGCUGCCACUCCCUGGAGGCAGAGGGCUCGAAUCAGGAGGGAAACCAUUACCUGUACACCGAUAAGAGCCUCGUCGGAGCAGGACGCUCCUCAGGAGGAGAGGUCCUGCCAGACAAAGCUGCCGGUACAGCUGGUUUCCUCUGUGGAUCACAGCUCGGAUACAACUGGGAGAGUUCGACGGCCGAAUGAGGAAGAGGGUGUGAGGAGGAUGAAUAAGGAAACGACGGCCGCGGGACAAGUUCAGGUCACACUGGUAGAUGGCAACGUUAAACUGCAGGAGGCAACCAACACCAGCAGAAGUAAGGAAGAGGCAGAACACCUUCACGUGGAGAGUGUCAAUCCUCACUGCUGGGAACCCGUCUUUGCCUCUGUCUAUUCUAGCAGUACACCCCAAUAUAUCAUGUGUUUCAAUCAGAGAAAUCUGUCUUUUGAGGCACAAGAAGUCUCCUCUUCUCCCAAAGACCGGAUUCCGCCUCAGCGGAGACAGAAGAGGGCGGAGGAUGAGAUGGACGAAGUUGAGGAAAUGAAUACAGAGCAGGAAAGUAAGGCGCAAGGGAUGAACAAGAGAGGAUCUCCAGAAUCAGAUGGAAAUGACACAUAUCAUAACGAGGAACACUGUGAAGCUCCAACAUGCUCAUAUGAAGAAACCCCCACGCAGUCUUUGGAGUUUGAAGUUCCACAGAGCUCUCGGCUCUCAGUGGCUCCACUUGAUGUGAGGGAGGAGACGCCUGUGGAUGGAUCAAACGCGCCCGCUGCUCAGUCCCCUCCCUCCGCCUGCGCCCCCCCACCAUGUGGAGAUGUCGCUGCUGCAGAGCCUGAGCAGGACCUGGGUGUCCUCUGCCAAACCAACACACCCAUACUGACCUCAUCAGUAGCAGAGCACAGGCGGUCCGUCCGUCCGUCCCGUCGGACUCAGGGCUCCAGAAACCCUCUUCGGGCUCUUGCUGCCCGGGAGGACAUCAGACAGGACUACAUGGGAGAGAUGCUCGACACCACGGCUGCUGAGGAGAGCUCCCAAGCAGAGAAGAAGUCCAAGAACUCCUCGGUGGCAGAUUCACACGUUUCCACAUCAGAAGACUUCAUCUGCUCCCCUCCCUUCAACAGCCUGAUGCUCAUUCACAUCAAAGGUAGGCGGCAUGUCCAGGUGCGUCUGGUGGAGCCGUCGGUGCAGUCGCUGAACAGUGGAGACUGCUUCCUGCUGGUCACUGCGGAGCAUUGCAUCCUGUGGAGCGCAGAGUUUGCCAAUGAACAAGAGAAAGCCAAGGCCUCUGAACUGGCCUCGUCUAUCCAGAGUCAUCAGGAUCUCGGCUGUCAGGCCUCCCAGGUGGUCCACCUGGAGGAGGGGCUAAACUGUGACGGCAGCCUGGCUGCAGACUUCUGGAGGCUUCUCGGGGGAAGGAGACAAUACAGGGGUGCCAGUGCAGAAGAGGAGGAUGAGCUCUAUGAGUGCGGCGUGGUGGAGUCCAACUGUGUGUACAGGCUGGUGGAGAACAGACUGGUGCCCCAUGAACAGGCCUGGGCCUGUGUCCCCCGUAUCUCCCUGCUGGGCUCCACUGAGGCCCUGGUGUUUGAUUUCGGCAGUGAGGUGUACCUGUGGCUUGGACAGGAUGUUUCCCUCGGCAAGAGGAACAUCGCGCUCCAGCUGACUCACCAAGUGUGGGUCGCAGCUUACGACUACAGCAACUGUCGCGUCAAUCCACUGGAUCCCACGCGGUGCAACCCAAACACACAGCAGAAGGGGGAGGGGCGUCCCAGCUGGGCGUUGUUCGGUUGCGUCUCGGAGCACAACGAGACGGCUCUGUUCAGAGAGAAGUUCCUGGACUGGACGGGUGGGAAAGGAGGCCCGGAGGAAGCUGCUGCAGUGAGCAAGGAGACACAGCCCGUCCCAUCCUCCCAGUUUGUGUCUCCAGCUUCAGAUGUCCUGAGCGCCUGUGACGCCAAGGCUCUGGUGUCGGCUCAGUCUCUGGGAGGGGACGGCUUGGUCCGUAACGUGUUGGCUGGGGUGGACGUCCAGAGGGGGCACGGGGCCAUCACGCUGGAGCAAGGAUGCCAGAUGGACCUGAACACGGUUGCUGUGGACACUUGGCACGUCCAGGAGUUUGAUGACAGUGAGAUUCCCGUGGAGAGCACCGGACAGCUUCACGAAGGAGACUCCUACGUCAUCCGCUGGAAGUACAGCAGCAUCACCGCUGUCGAAAAGACAAACAGCCCUGAUGAAUGUAGCAAAAGUCCCGGGCCAAGAGAAAACACUGCCUUCUUCCUGUGGCGGGGCCGUCACUCCAGUGUCAGCGGGCGGGACACCGCUGCUUUCCUGUCCAUUGGGAUGAACAACCACGAAGAGUCACAGGUGGUGGUACUUCAGGGAAAGGAACCUCCCUGUUUUCUGCAGCUUUUCCAGGGAGGCCUGGUCAUUCACAAGGGAAAGCGAGAGGAGGCCUGCACUAAUGCAGCAGAGUGGCAUCUGUUCUGUGUGCGCGGUGAGCUCCCAGAGGAAGGCUCCCUGUUGGAGGCGGACUGCUGCUGUGCAGGUCUGAGGUCCAGGGGCUCUGUCGUCCUGCUCAAUAGCCAGCAGGGAGUGCUGUAUCUCUGGACUGGCUGCAAAGCUUCAAGCAGCUCCAGAGAGGUUAGCAAGAGGGCAGUGGAGCGUCUCACUCAAAUGUGUCCGCCCGAGUUGGGUCUCAGCCAAAGCAGCCCUGUGGCGGUGCAGCUAGUGGAGGAAGGUUCAGAGCCUGCAGGCUUCUGGACAGCCCUGGGGCAAAUGGACAGGAAGGCCUACGACUGCAUGCUGCAAGAUCCAGGAAAGUAUAACUUCACGCCUCGUCUCUUCCACAUGAGCGCCUCCUCUGGGAGUUUCCAGGCCGAAGAGCUACAGAGUCCAUCGCGGCUGCCGGGACUCGUGAUGGCAGCACCCUUUGUCCAGGAGAGUCUGUACUCUGUACCGCAGCCGGCCUUGUUCCUGCUGGACAACCGUCUGGAGGUCUACCUGUGGCAGAGCGGUCGGCCCGAGCAGACGGAGAGCUCGGCUUCGGCCUGGAGCUGCUGGCACGACGAGAGGAGGUGUGCCAUGCAGACGGCACUGCAGUACUGCAAAGAGAUGAACCCAAGACGCCCACCGCAGGCUUACCUCAUAUUUGAGGGUUUAGAACCUCUCACCUUCACUAACGUGUUCCCCCGCUGGGAGAGGAGCCUCGGACCCCACACACGGGCCAAUGCGGGGCGGGUUAAGCUGACCUUGGUGCAGGACGCCCUGGCCCAGCUCAUGAAGAACCAGUACCCUCUGGAGGAGCUGCUGCGGAGCCCAUUACCUGAAGGAGUGGACCCCCAGCGCCUGGAAGUCUACCUGUCUGAUCAAGACUUUCAGACUAUUUUGGAAAUGAAGAGAGAUGAAUAUGCUUCCCUCCCAGACUGGAAGCAAAUUGAUCUGAAGAAAAGCAAAGGGCUGCUUUGCUAGACAGCGAAAACAAAUGGAGGCUGACUGGCGCUCCGGCAGCAGGGACUUCCUCUGAGGAGGAGAGAUGGCGGGGGAGGAGGGGUGUAUCGGCACCGUGCUGCUGCACAAAGGACGGCUUACAAAGUUAUAAAUUCACUUUUAUUGAUGUCAAACUAGUAAGAGUGUGUGAACUCUUUAUCAGACAAGGAUUUCUCUGUAGCUGUUGUUCAGAGCAAAAAACAAAAACACAUUUUCCUAUUCAAUUUUAUCUGUACAAAUCGAUGAAAGAUAAAAAGAAAAGGCGUGUGGGAGUGAAGGAAAGACAUCGGGAUGAAGUUGGGAAAACAAAGAAGUGCAUACAAAAAAAA